GCCAGCGUGGCGCAGUGGCUUGCGCCUUGGACUCUGGCUCUGGAGAGCAGGGUUCGAAUCCCACUGAGGGGCAAGUCACCCCACUCUCUGCUCGCUCUCUCUGAAGGCACUGGCCCCCAAGAGAAGGGGGAAAGGGCUUGCAGGCAGGGAGCUGGAGGCGGCGUCUCCUCCUGGGAAGCCCUGCCUGCCUCCUUGGCUCCCUCGCCUCCUUGGCCCCAGCUCCAGGGCUCCUGCUGCUGCCGCUGCCGCUGCCUCUCCUGCUCCUUCUCCAGCCAGGGGCCAUGCGGCGGGCGCCCCUGCUCCUGCUGCCCCUCCUGGCCGCCGCCUGCGCCCCUCUCGCCGCAGGUCUAACAUGUGUGUGCCAAUGGUGUGAAAAAACAAACUUCACUUGUGAAACAGAGGGGGCCUGUUGGACUUCAGUCAUGCUAACAAAUGGUCGGCAAGAGGUAAUAAAGGCAUGUGUGACGCUACCACAGCUGAAGGCACAAAUCUUCUGCCAUAGCUCUAAGAACAUAACCAGGACAGAAUGCUGCUAUACUGAUUUCUGCAACAACAUUACCAUUCACUUGCCCACAGGUCAAGAUACUUCAAGCAAAACUAAGCUGGGUCCUGUGGAGCUAACAGUGAUUAUAACCGUACCAGUAUGUGUCUUGUGUAUAGCUUUAAUGGUGACUGUGUACACAUGCCAAGGCCACAACUGUAAACUGAAGAAGAAAAAAAGGCCCAAUAUUGAAGAACCUCUCUCUGAAUACAAUCUGGUGAAUCCAGGAAAAACCCUCAGAGACCUCAUUUUUGAUAUGACAACAUCAGGUUCUGGAUCUGGUUUACCUCUGCUUGUACAAAGAACAAUUGCCAGGACUAUCGUACUUCAAGAGCUAGUAGGAAAAGGUCGAUUUGGUGAAGUCUGGCGUGGAAAAUGGUGUGGUGAAGAUGUAGCUGUGAAGAUCUUCUCCUCAAGAGACGAGAGGUCUUGGUUUCGUGAAGCAGAAAUCUAUCAGACAAUCAUGCUGAGGCAUGAAAAUAUCUUGGGGUUUAUUGCUGCUGAUAACAAGGACAAUGGUACUUGGACUCAGCUGUGGCUUGUAUCUGAAUACUAUGAGCAAGGCUCAUUGUUUGACUACUUAAACAGCAACACUGUCACGGCUGAUGGGAUGAUUAAAUUGACCUUCUCCAUAGCAAGUGGCCUUGCACACCUUCACAUGGAGAUUGUUGGCACACAAGGCAAGCCAGCAAUUUCACACAGAGAUCUGAAAUCUAAAAACAUUUUAGUCAAAAGGAAUGAAACCUGUGCCAUUGCUGACCUGGGUCUGGCUGUGAAGCAUGAUUCUGUGUUAAACACAAUAGAUAUACCUCAGAAUCCAAGAGUGGGGACCAAGAGGUACAUGGCUCCAGAAAUACUCGAUGACACAAUGAACAUGAAUAUCUUUGAAUCUUUCAAGCGGGCGGAUAUCUACUCUCUUGGGCUAGUGUACUGGGAGAUAUCCCGAAGAUGUUCAGUUGGAGGAAUUGUAGAAGAGUACCAGUUACCUUAUUAUGAUGUUGUGCCUUCUGAUCCUUCAAUCGAUGAUAUGCGAAAGGUGGUUUGUGAACAAAAACUUAGACCAAAUAUCCCAAAUCAGUGGCAAAGCUGUGAGGCACUCAGAAUAAUGGGUCGCAUCAUGCGUGAGUGCUGGUAUACCAGUGGGGCAGCUCGACUGACAGCACUUCGCAUCAAGAAGACUAUUUCUCAGCUCUGUGUGCGAGAAGAUUCCAAAACUUAAGUCUACACACCCUGCAGAAAAGGAGAAGGAAGAAAAUCAUGUUCAUGUUUCUGCCUCUUUUUUGAUUUUGCUCUACCUCACAUGAUACUAAAUACAGUAUUUAAGAGACCAAAUCCCAGGAUACAGGAAAGUAGCUUCUUUAGUGGUUCCAAUUCAUUCAAGUUUUUUUCUUUGGUGGCAGAAGGGUUCAGAUUUUCAAGUGUUUCCUCCACCCACCCACCCCCACACACUUUUGGGGUGGGAUUGUAGGUGACCAGC